GCGAAAAGGUACCUCGCUGCACUCCACCCGAAACUGACGUUUAUAUUCCGUCUCUCAAUGAAUCCUUUAUAGUUUCAACCGAACAUCGAAUUACCAAGAGUUAAUUUUCCGCUUUCAAUACAAAUUAAAAUCCGUUCUGUGAAAAAUUUUUGUGAGAUGAAAAACUUCGACUCAUCAUAGUGACAAUAAAUUUCUCCCGAAUGAUAGAUACCUGUUGAUGAUCUCAUUUCACAUCGUCAUUGAUAUCUGAAUUCAUCGACAAACCUACUGUGUGGUGAAAUCGAAAUUUCGAGAGGUAUACGGGGAAAUUUUAGGUGAAGAUGAUGAAUGGGAGCAGCACGGUUGUUGAUGAGACUAGUAAAGUACCUGUUAAGAAGCUGGCUCCAUUGAGACCGUGGAAUGAAAAUGUUGCGGAGAGUGAUCUAGAUGUGCCAGGAACACCCAGAACACCAAGAACAUCAACAACCCCAGGCCAUGAAAAGUGUACGUUUCAUCACGACUUGGAGUUGGAUCAUCGACCACCAACGAGGGAGGCCCUUUUACCAGAGAUGUCGAGGAGUUACAGGUUGCUACUAGGGUCUCUCGGUGAGGAUCCCGAUCGAGAGGGCCUCCUGAAAACCCCUGAACGAGCUGCCAAGGCCAUGCUCUUCUUCACCAAGGGAUAUGAUCAAAAUAUCGAUGACGUGAUAAACGACGCUGUCUUCGAUGAGGAUCACGACGAGAUGGUAGUGGUGAAGGACAUCGAGAUGUUCUCCAUGUGUGAGCAUCAUCUAGUUCCAUUCUAUGGAAAAGUCUCAAUCGGCUAUCUGCCCUGCAAGAAAAUUCUCGGACUCAGUAAACUCGCAAGAAUCGUAGAAAUCUUCAGCAGACGUCUUCAAGUCCAAGAGCGCCUAACGAAGCAAAUAGCAAUAGCCGUGACAAAAGCGGUUCAACCCGCUGGAGUAGCUGUUGUCGUCGAAGGAGUUCACAUGUGCAUGGUUAUGCGUGGAGUGCAGAAGAUCAACAGCAAGACCGUGACCUCCACUAUGCUGGGAGUCUUCAGGGAUGAUCCUAAAACACGAGAGGAAUUUCUCAAUCUUGUUCAUACAAAAUAGAAUCUCAAUAAAUCCCUAUUUUGAUUGUCGAACGAGGGACGAGUGAGUGUUGAGGAUGACAUGGGGGUCCUCUUCAUGAGAAAACUCUGACUCAUUCGUGGAGCCUAUGACAUCUUCAAUAAUCUCUAGAUAAAGUAUACAACAGCUACGAAAUAUAAACCCAAAUCACAACGAAAACGAGAGAAACUUGGAGACGAGAUUGAAACUGCGAAUGUUGUGAUAAGUGACAAUAAUCUAGUUAUUUGAGGCUUAAAUUAUCACUAAACGAUAAUUGUGCAAGUUUCUCUUGUUGAUGGAGGUGCAGGCGAGAAGAAUAAUCUCUAUCUCGACUGAAUUACAACUGACGUUUCCCUCUUGCAAUGACAUUUCACAAUAACCAAGGUUAAACGUCUGAAGCGUAGCUAGUUCUCGUGAGAUUCAGCAGCCAUGGAUCUCAUGAUAAGUGAUAAAAUUAAACUUCACAGGGAUGAAAAACUUUAACGAAAGUAUAUCGCAGUCGAAAGUGAAUUUUUAUUAUUUUUUAGGCCUGUUGAAACUGCCGAAUUGUCUAACUUAUGAAUUAUUUAAGAUUAGUAGAUUGGGAGAUAAAUGAACAAAUUCUCAAACAAGUCUUGUUUGGGCCAAAGAAAAUAGGAGAGUACGAAGUACUAAUGCUACAUGCAUAAAAAAAUUUGAUUGCAAAAUCUAGCGAAUUCGCUAAACAAUUCUGUUGGAUUUCUAUUGAAC